GUGGAAGAAGAGGUGGAGGAGAUCUGACGGAGAGCACACACCCAGCUCAGAUCUCUUUCAUCUCUUUCAUCAUCCUUUCAUCAGAGGGAGGGACUGACUGACUGCAGUGAGUCCUUGGGCCAGCCUGUGUGCGCCUGUCCGCCUUGCGUGGCUUUAAUUCGCCGUACCAUGGAAGCCCUCUGACCGGCGUCCCACUACAGCAGCUCUUUUUAUCUCUUUUGCUCGCCUCGGCUCUCAUCGCCUGUCCGUGUCUGGUGUAGUGUGGUGUGGUUGGUGAGGAUGUCUCUGCGCGAGAGCUUUCAGUGCUACUGGAACGUGCUGUUCACGCCCUUCUGGUAUGGCGUCAUCGGCCUCCUCUGCUGCUUCUGCCCCCUCUUCAUGGCCAUCUCGUACGCACCAACACACACCGCACCACAACACACCAUACCACACCACACACAGAGGGAGAGAGGGAGGAUUCGCUGCAUAUGUGUGUGCGUGUGUGUGUGUGUGUGUCAGGUGCAUAGUGGACGUCACGACCGACACGUUCGGCCCCGACGUCUACAUGGUCAACGCUUCGGUGGACCUGAUGUGCGGCCUGGUGGGCCCGUUGGCCAUCUCUGUGGUCGGCAACAUGUCACAGCCAUCCAAGUUCGGCCGCAAGAAGAUGCUCGUCUUCAUCAGCGCCGUCAAGACAGUGCCGCUCAUCGCAACGGCACUCACCGGGGUGAGAGAAAUACAGAGGGAGAGGGGUGGACGGACGGACGGACGGACGGCUGAGAUGCAUUGAGUCUUCUGUACGAUGGAUGUAGAGUGGCUAUGGGUGGAUAAUGGGGUCGAUCUUUAUGUGUGUGUUCGCUGCGCGCGAGCCGGGAGGGCUGGAGCCAAUCCUGCAGGCCUGGAUCACCGUACGGGAAGCAAGAAACAUCGAUCCACUCUUGCAUGCUUGCCUCUCUCUCUCUGUGCGUGUGUGUGACAGGAUUGGGCGUCCGAGCGCGAGAAGAUGUCCAUUCUCGGAGUGGUCAGUCGGCACACCAACACACAGAGCACAGUGGCUGCCUGUCCAUCCAUCCAUCCGUGCGUCGCCUCUCAUACCUGUCCGUCUGGUCCGUGCGUGCGUGCAGCAAUCGGGCAUUUUGUCGGCGUGUUUCGUGACCUUUUCCCUCUUGGCCGGUGUGCUCCUGCGCCGCGGGAUCGUCACCUCCAUGCAGCUCAUGCAGGGCGCUGCCGUGUUCUCGGUCAGACACCACACACACGUACACACACACAUAAAGUGUGCAUGAGGGUGUGUGUGUGUGUGUGUGUGUCAGUGCCUGGGCCCCCUUUAUUUUGCCUUCGUCUUCCCAACCAAGAUACACAGGGAGAGGAUGCCAGGUCAGUCAGUCGGGUGGACCAAAGGCCUUCCGCACAGGAAGUCGUCUGUCCAUCUGUCUGUCUGUGUGUGUGUGUGUGUGUGUGUGUCAGAUGGUGUGCCGGUUCCCCACCUGCCCCGGAUGCGCAGCGGGCAGAGCCUUGCGAACAUGAACUCUGUCACGAUACUGAUCAAGUGACAACCGCACCCCUGCACACACCGAUCACUCCAUCCAUGGACGGGCACAUGGAGCGGUGUGGUGUGGUGUGUGUGCAGGUCGAUGUGGCAGACGAGUGUCCGUGCGUUCCGCUACCUGGCGUACAAGCACCACCUGCUGCUCGGCGUCGCCGUCAUCCUCUUUGGCGUGCAGGGAGGUGCGCAGACAGACACACACACAUAGGGGGGAAGGGCACGUGUGAAAGUGGAUGGAUGGAUGCGUGUGUGUUGCAGCGACGAUGGAGGUGCAGCUGUCCUACAUGAAGAGACAGUUUGCCGUCACGGUACGCCACACGCAGACACACAGACAGACACAGACACACAGACGCAGCGCAGAGUUCCAGGGCCUUGUUCAUUGCGUGUGCAGGAUUCGCAGUUGUCGUUCAUGCUGACCUUCUCCGGACUCGCCGGCACUGUCGGACAGGUCAGUGAGUGAGGCAGUCCGUCACACACCACACCACACCACGCCAUACACACACACAUAUUCAGUCACCCUCUCUCUUCUCUGUCGUCGCUUGCAGCUGUUGAUCCUGCCCAUCUUCCAAGCCUUCAUGUCGGCCUACAGCGCCCUCGCUGUCUGCGUCUUCGCCGUCUUCACCCAGAUGGUCGUCUUCACACAGGUGCGUUACACACACCCACCCGGCCGGUCGGCCGUGUGUCCGUGUCAGUCAAUGGAUAGAUUGUGUGAUGGCAUGGCUGCGUGUGGUGUGCGACUUACUGGUCUCUCUCUCGUUCAGGCGAGCACCCCUUUGGCCUUUUACGUGGGCAUGGCGCUGGGCAGCGCGUCCUACAUAUCGAUGCCGCUCAUCAUGUCCAUCAUUGCUAAGUGCCAAAUGGACGGCUCGCUCACGACAUCAGAGGAGAGAAACCAGGGCUCGGUGCGCCACACCCCCCCUCCCCUCCCCCCUCAACAACACGCAGAGAGAGGGAAAGAUGAUGAUUGCCGUUCACCUGUCUGUGUGUCUGCCUGUCUGUCUGUCUGUCUGUGCGCAUUGCAUUCAGAUUAUCGGCGGCUUCGUGGGCAUCCGUGCGAUGGUCAACGCGGUGGGCCCCCUGUUGAUCGCCCUCUGCCUGUCCAACUGGCCCCUCUUCCCCCCGCCAUUCAACUUCCCCUCCGUCGGCUUCGCCCUCAUGUCAUGCCUCAUGCUCGUCGCCACAUUCCUCGCAUGCCUUCUUGUCUUCCGCAAGAACCAACACGGCGACGCACCGGUCGUCUCACAUGCAGCCCCGGUCAGCAGCGGCAGCAGCAGCAACGUGGAUGCCACCCACACCCACAGUGGGCCCAGUGGCAGCAGCAGUGACCCAUUGCCGGUGCCGGGCCUCGGCGAAACGCCUUACGAGCAGCUCAAUGGAGAGGAACACAAUCACACGAGGGAGAAAGAAGCUGCUGGUGGCGAUGAUUCGCCAGGGGUGGGGAUGGUCCGGUCAGAGAGCGACCAGACCGACCCCCUCAACCACACCGACCACCCCUGCCCAUCUCGUGGCUACCUCCCGCCGUCGCCCCGCUUCCUGUGGCAGAAGGGCCACGAGCUGCCCCUCCUGCACCAAGGCAAGGACGGUGGCUCUGCGGGCGGUGGUGGGCUGACGCCCUCGACCGCUGCCGGGACGCCUUUAAGCUUGGAGCGUGUCGACAGUGACGCCGCCUCUUGUGUGGAGGAAGGGCGACGCACGCACAGGCGGAUGUCGUCCAUAUGAUAUAGACAGCAGAUGGGCUGGGGAGUAAGGGGGAGGGAGGGAUUUAGGUGUUGGGGGUCUGAGUAUGUCGCCCGGUGGAUGGAAGGGCGGCAAGUGGCGAGAGAGAGCGAGAGGCAGAAGUGUAAGCGUAGCGCAGCGAGAGGUCGAGCAGGUCAGAGAACGAUCAUGCUGGCAUCGGCUGGUUUUGUCCUGUGUGUGGAGUACGAUGCGAUGCCACCAACGCCCACGGGAUGUGAUCUGGUGUGAUAAUACGGCUUUUUCUGUUGCAUACUUACGUAGAUCUGUGUCUGCCAGGGAGGGAGGGAGGGAGGGAGGGACGGAUGCAUCGCACUCUCGAAUAUUCUCUCCACCCAUUUCUGAGUCAACAAGCGAUCAUCGGACACACACUCUCACACACACACACACACACAUACACACAUAUGUGGCCCGGCCGGCCAGAUGGCAGGGGCCGACCACUCUGACAGUGUUUUGUGUGUGUGUGUGUGCAUGGCGCAGCCGGGCGUUAUUGAUACCUACCAGUACUUUUGGCGGCUGUGGCUGUGCAGCAGCAGCAGCAGGUCAAGAGGGAGUGGAACGACUGACGUGCGUCGAGCCGUCGACGCAAGUAGCCGUCCAGCUCUCUGCUGACCUGCUGCUGCAGCCGCCACCAAGGGCAAGACAGGCAUUGGCAGGGCAAGACAGUUCAUUGGGGUCUCUCUCUCUCUCUCUCUCUCUGUGUGUGUGUGUGUGUGUGUGUGUGUCGGGAUGUGACGGGAUGGGACAGACAUGAGGGUAGGGAUCGUGAAGACACCCUAACCAACAGACAUCUCCUGACUCUCUCUGACUGGUUGUGGUGUGGUGUGUAUCCCCUUUCCUACUGGGUCUGUACCCUUUCAUACGGCGCCCGCUUCCCACGAUCUGAUCUGCAUGGGUGGGUCGCGUUGGUGCGCUUUAUUUGACACAGUGCGUGGACAUGGACAUGUACGUGUGUGUACGUGUGUGUGUGUGUGUGCGUGUGUGUAUGUGUGUUGUUUUCAUCCUGUGCGUGUGCGUGUGUGUGGUCGCUAUCGCUCCAUUCGUUCUUUCCCUCAUCCGCACGGGUGAGCAUGUCUGUGUCGUCAGUGUCGAUCGGCCUCUCGCUGUGUGUGUGGUGCGGGCGUGUGAGGGAGCCGCGGAAGUUGCAGUUGCAGUGGGUGCCUGCCUGCCUGCCUACCUGGCCUGGCCUGGCCCAUCUCCUAUGCCGUAAUUUGAAGGCAUCAAGCCAGACGGGCCGGUCCUCUUUUUCCACGCCUCUUUUUGUCACUCGCCAACUGCUGUCUUUUUCUCUCGCCUGUGUCGUUUGUGUGCGUGUGUGCUCAUGUGGUGGGGGGAAGGCAAAUCGGUGGGUGACAUUCAGCGUGGCCGAGCAUGGCUUCGACAAGGCCAAGGUGGGACGCUGCUGGCAUGCACCUUGGUUGGCCUUGUUGAACCCGUGCUCGGCCACGUGGAACCUCACUUCGCGAACGACGUUUGUCGUCAGUCACCCCAGUGUCCAUAUGGAUGUGUCUGCGCAGGCAGGACAUCAAGGCGUCAUUUUCUUUGCAGAAGUGGCCUCAUCUCCACGGUGGCAGCAUAAUCCGGUACUCACUGACGGAGAGUGAGCGGGGUCGCUGUUGCCUCUGAUCUGACUGUCUUGCGCACUUCUGCCGGUGGCCUGCACGCCCACCCACCCACAUGAGAUACAUGGCUGGCUGCUCGUUGCUGUCCGUCAUGUACCCUCCCACCAAAUCCUCCGAUCGCACUUUAUCGCAUUCCAUUCCAUUCCAUCGCACUCCAUGGAUGUGUGUAUGUAUCUCAUUGCGAUUUACGUGAAGUGGGGGUGGUGGUGGUGAUGGUGGCAUUUGAAACGGCCGCUGGCUGGUAUGGUCGAUCGAAGAGUGUGUGUGUGUGUGUGUGUGUUACUUUCAACUCAACGGGGAUACAUACAUGGAUGCGUACACUCAUCACUACCUGAUACGGCCGGCCAGUGCUUGUCUCGCCCUGCAGUGUGUGUGUGUGUGUCUGCAUGUGGCGCCUUGCAUUGCCACCUGCCACCUCUCGUGUCGUGUGCUGCUGUGUCGCAUGUUUUUAUGUUGUGGUUGUUCCUCCCCUGCCUGUCUGCCUGUCUGCCUGUGCGCAUGUGUAUGUGUGUGGGGCAUUUCAAGCGUGUGUGCGGUGCGCAUGGAUGUGCGUGUGAUGUUUGUGUGUCUGUCUGUCUGUCUGUGCGUGUGCCCAUAUAUGUCACACCCCCCGCCAGCCCAGCCCAGCCCAGCCAGCAACAUAGCCCACGACAUCCAUAUUGCCUCUCUGCCUGUCAGCCAGCCAGCCAGCCUUGAGAAGACAGACACGGUGUGUGUGUGAAGGUGAGGUGGAACGCUCCGCAGCCAGCCAGCCAGCCCCUUUUAUCAGUGUUAUGAUGUGUUCGACCGACCGACCGACCGACCGCCCCCUCCUCUCUGCGAGGC